AUGAUGGAGAUGAUGUUACCAAUUAAUAAAACAUUAGAUGAUCUGAUAUAUCAUUUAAGUCAAGCAUUUGCCACCAAUGAGAUAGAUGUGGAUUACGGGCAAAAUCUGAUGCUUUCUUAUGAAAGUAAUCCAAAUGAUUGCUCACUUUGAUGAAUAUAUCUAUGUAUUCAUAUUAAUCGAUAUACUAGAAAUUUGGUGGAUAACGGAAACGGAAAAUAUAAUUUAAUAUUAGUUUGUUGGACCCGUGCGGCCAAAUCGCGUAUACACGACAACUCAGACUCACAUUGCUUUAUGAAAGUGUUGGCCGGAGAGCUGCAAGAAGUACGCUAUGAAUGGCCCGACAAUAAUAAGUCUAAAGAUGACAACAGUAAUGAAAUGUUGAAAGUAGUCAAUGAAAAUGAAAUGCCUUUGAAUAGUGUUACUUAUAUUAAUGAUUCAAUGGAUAUACAUCACGUGGAAAAUCCCGGUGCGACGGGUCCGGUAUCACUGCAUCUCUAUAUCUCACUGUGGGGUGAUAUGUGUCAGGUGUUUGACAAAAGUACUGGAAAUAGUAAAAACACAAAACUCACGUUUUAUAGUCAGUACGGUUUGCGGACACCUUUACAUUGUCGAUUUACUUUAAGAAAUCUUUGA